GCCGCGCGGCGGCAUGGCAACAGGCUCCGCCGCUUGAAGCUGCUGCUCCGAGUCGACGGCGGGGCGCGGCGGCUCUGCCCGGGCCGCUUCAAGUCGGAGGCGUCCAGGCUGGGCGCCUCCAUCGUGGCGGGGUGCGGCGAGGCCACGCUGUUGCGGGUGAUGCUCCUGGGCCCGCUGGGCGCCCUGGUCGAAGCGUGGCGGACCAUUCUGCCGUUCGCCGUCGUGGGCGCCCUGGCCGUCUCGGUCCACGGGGGGCCGCGCGACUUCGAGUGGGCCAGUUUCGGGGGCACGCGCGCCGCGUGCCAGCUGCUGGAGGAGGCGAGGUUCCAAAUCUCGCUCUCCCAGGGGGCGAUCGUCUCCUCCCACGCGGAGGCGGCCAAGCGGCUGGAGGGCCGGCUGCGGCGCUGGCAGUUCAAGGUGCACGCCUCGGUCAAGAACUUGGGGAUCGACUUCGGCAUGAGGAUGCUGAAGAAGGCAGGAGUGCGCCUUGUCUCGGUCUGCCGAUCGGGCGGGCUGGCCACGGCGUUGCACGGGGUGCCCUCGGCCGUCCUCGACAAGGCCUGCACCGUCAAUGCGAGGGCAGUGCGAGGCGAGGUUGGGCGGCGGUCCCGCGCGGUCCAGUUCGCCUUGGGCGAGGGUGAUAGCUGGCGGCUGGACUCAGCGUUCGCUGCCAACGGGCUGCCCCUGGCGGCUUGGGCGCGAGCGGUUAACCUGGGCGUCUGGCCUGCCGCCGCCUUCGCGAAGGUUUGCGAGGCGGGCGGCCCGCCGUCGCGGGGUCACGUGCCGGGGCCCUCAGGAGCGGCGAGGCUGACGCUGCAGAGGAUCGGCCGGGAAGCCGAGGCCUGGGACAGGUGGCGGAUCGACCAGGGCCGCGCGAUGGAGCUGAGAAAGGCGCAGCCCGCGCAUGGUCAGCCACCUCGUGGAGCGCGGUUGUCGCCGCGCGCUGAUGCGGACCGCGCCGCUCCACCGGGC